CUCUUGCUGGCGGGAGCAGUGUGUUUAUGUUGUUGCAGUAGUUUUUCAACACACGUGUUAUUAGUGUUUUAUGCUACCAGUGGGUGAAAGUGACAGGUGAAGUGUUAACAUGCUGUGUGUAAGGUGAGUAAAAUGUACACACCGUGUUGCGCAUGGAGACUGUGUUGAAGAACCUGGCAAGCACAGUGCAGCUGCUGGCUGUGUCUCACACCAGCUAUGUGAAGGAGUGGAACAGUGAGACUGUACACAGAGCAUUUCAGUGGGCAGAGUACUGUGAACACCUGUACACUCGCUUCAACAAUAAACCCACAGUAAGAAAGGUUUUAGAAAACCACCUGCGUAAAACUAACGAGCUGCUGGAAGAGACUUUGUCCACAUACUGCUGUCUGACUCUGUCUGAUCUAGCUCAGUGCCAGCACAAACUGUUGACUGGACUCUUGAAGAAUCCAGCAACACCUCACUCUGUCAUCAAAGCACUUCUGCAGAAGUUCGGACCCUGUGAUUACACUGAUCAAGCUGACCAUGAUCUUGGUAGUCUCAUUGCUUGUCGAUCAGCUUGUAAACUGUUCGAAGAUAUCUCUCUGAACCAGCCUGAUUUUGAUUUUGGCAUCUCUCUUGGCACACAGGUCCACGGCAUGAUGCUUCUACAGCACAUCCACGCCAUACAGUCUCCAAGUGAUGACACAUGUGCCAAAAAGCUGCUGGACUCUAUUUUUCAGGACAGUGCAGGAUCAGACAGCUUCCCAAAACUUAUUGCAUCUGCACUUUUGUCAGCAAAUAACUGGAAUGAACAGAGCACAGCUCCAGAUCUUCUUGUUGACUGGUUACUAACACGUCAUGACUUGCUCAACACCGUGUGCCAAUCUCUGUCACCACACAUAUGCACGACAUUUUCCCAACAGUGCCCGAAAUUCUGGCUUGCUUACUGGGACAGGUUGAAACACUGGGCUUCCACCAUGGAAUAUGAUGUGAGCAAUGGAUUAUGGGUGCAGCUGUGUGAUAAAGCAGUGUCAUUUCAGAGACUGCUGGAGCGGGUUAAGUCCUCAUGGAGUUCGGGUUCACCACUGAAGGAGGAGACUGAGAAAGAGCUGAUGAGGCUUAAACAAGCUGAUGGAGACUUUGAUGUGCAGGGACUGAGUGUGUGGACAGAUCUGCUUAUGCAGCUUAAAUGAAUGCAACAUGUCUAUUGUGAGAUGUGAAUCACUGGUUCAUACUUCAGACAAUUAUUCCUAGGUUGUAUGUUCAGUGUCCAGCUGAACCAAACCUUUACUGGAAGCUGAGAUGUAAGGUUUCUUGACUAGACAGCAUCUGCUAAUGAAAUGAAUGUUAAGUAAGGUUUGAGUGGCUACAGCAAAGUAUGAAUGUUAAACUGUUUAAAUGUUUUUAAUAAAGGAAUAAUUUGGUGUUA